CAUUUCGAUUUCAGCUGUGUGAGACAGUUCUUGUGUCGUUCUGCAAGCCAUUGUGACGUUUGGAAAGCGUAAAUUACCAGAUCACUCAAGAUCGCCAGGGUCCUACUUUUCUAGAUAGGCCGGACGAAGCUCCAAAUGCUCGUUGAAAUUUCUCUCUGAUGAAACAUAGGGUCGUUGGCCGCAAUCUAGGCAGGACUGUCGCGCACAGAUGGUCACUGCUCAGGACUAUGGUAUCUCAGCUUGUUCGUCAUGAGAGGAUUGAAACGACGGUGGCCAAAGCGAAGGAGCUCAGGAAGCUGGCAGACAGGGUCAUCACCUGGGGCAAGGAGGGGGAUCUGCAUGCGAGACGGAAGGCUGCAGCAGUGGUGCGCGGGGACGACGUGCUGCAGAAGGUGUUCACAGAAAUGGCAGAGCGAUACAAGGAUCGCGAUGGCGGCUACACGCGCAUCCUGCGCACCAGGCAGCGGACCAACGAUGCAGCGCACAUGGCCUACAUAGAGUAUGUGGACAGAGAUGGGGAGUUGAGGCCAGCACGGCCGCCACCGGGGCGCCAGUCACCUUUCCUCCCAGCAGCUGCACAGGCUCUGGAGCAGCAACCAGGCGGGCAGGAGGAGCCUGCUGACCGGUCAUGACAUGCGAUGAUAGAUGGCCACUGUCUGUAAGCCCAUAAACGAUGGCUUAGAGACUUCAGCAUGGGCACUAGUUCUGCGUGUGAGUGUUAUGCCCUGUCGAAGCAGGAUUGGCCAUGGCGCAGGACUCAUGCGGGGUUCCCCAUGUGUUGCUAAGCAAUCCACAGCACUGGGAAGAGAUCCAUUAUUACAUAAUAGUGUAGCACAAUUUUGACUGUUGCUUGCAAGUGCCGGGUUUGGGGGAAAAGCAAUGCAGCUGAUUUAUCAGGCAGUUUGGCGGCCACCAGCAAUGUGAACUCCUCUGUAAUUACAAGGCUUAUAAGGAGCAAGUCUGUGUAAACUAGGAAUAAGCAUC